AUGCCCCGGAAGAGAUUCGAUAAGAAAAACGCCCAGACCUUCUCUGUGGUGCAUAGAUCACACGAGGAUGCUCUCUAUUUCGAUAAUGACGCCUCCAAACACGUGCUUGUUCCAGCAGCUCAAAGAUCCAAGGGUGGACAUUCAGGAACCCUCAGUCUGUUGAAGGCCAGAAAGGCAGGAAAGCAAACUUAUAGCACCAAGGAGCUCGAAGAAACGCUUGGAAAAGAUGCAGUAACGGCUAUAAGGGCAAACGAAGGGUUGGCUGCUCAGUACGGGAUCUUCUUUGACGACUCCAAAUACGAUUACAUGCAACAUCUCAAGCCCAUAGGAGGAGCUGGAGACAGUGUUUUCAUCGAAGCAAAGAAACCAAAGGAAGAAGGGAAGAAGUCGAUAGAGCUGCUCAUCAAAGAUGUGCUUCCGUCGGAAAAGUCAAGGAAAGUCACGUAUGACGAUGAAGAGAACAUCCCACAGGAGCUUCGAAAGUUCAAUCCAAAUAUGGAUCCCAGGCUCCGUGAGGUCUUGGAGGCUCUUGAGGACGAGGCUUACAUUGCUGAGGCCGAAGGUGGCGAGGUAGAGGAUGCAGACUUUCUCGACUUGUUGCAGUCUGGAGAAGUGAAUGAAGAGGAUGAAUUCUACGACGACUACGAUGGAGAGGAUGGUGAUGACUGGGACCUUGACAAUUACCAAGACGAUUUCGACGAAGAAGACUACGAUCUGGAGCAGUUUGAGGAGCUCGAAAACCCAUACAACGAGGGUGAAGAGCCCGAAGAAGAGGAUAAACGAGCGGCAGCGGCCGUGAGCAACGCCUGGGAGAGGGAUUUCAUGAGGUUUCAAAAAGAGAUGAGAAAUACUGUGAACGAUUGGGAUUCGGAUGAUGAUUUUGAAGAAGAAGAAGAGGGAGAUGUCGUGGGGGAGCUCCCCCAGUUCAAUAAUGCGACCAGCGGCAAGAAGAAGCUGAAAAAUAAGCUCAGGAAGAAGAUGGGCACCAUGACAGAUACAUCGUCAUUUUCCAUGUCGUCCUCAGCACUCCAUAGAACUGAGGGUUUGAAGUUGCUAGACGACAGAUUUGAGCAGCUCAGCAGAAAAUUCGAAGAAGAAGAUCCGUACAUGAGAGAGCAAGAAGCAUUCGACAUGAAGAAAGAGAGGCCCGACCUAGAAAACUUGCUUGACGAUUUCUUGGAUAACUACGAGUUGGAUCGUGGCGGAAGGAAGCUUGUCAAGAAAGACCACAAGUUGGAGGCAAUCAAGGCUGCAGCAGAUUCUGUUUCAAAGGGCAAGCUAGCGGCAAAAAGAAAGAAGGAAAAGGGAAAUAAUAGUGCCGGCUCUGCUUUGGAUAAGCUUGGAGGCAGCUUUGGAAACAUGAAGAUAUAG